UUCUCCUUCUCUGUGCGGGAUCAUUUGAAAAAAAAGAGAGAAGGAUUUAAAAAAAGAAAAAGAAAAACAUUGUUAAAAAGAGAGAAAGAAAGAAAGAACGAAAGAAAGAGAGAAAGAAAGACAGAAAGGUGAAACUCGAGAGGUCGAGACGCGUAUUCGGUGAAGAUGCCGAGGGUAGUUCCGGACCAGAAUAGCAAGUUUACCAAUGAGGAGUUUUUCCGCAAGUUGAGCAGGGAGUGUGAGAUUAAAUACACUGGAUUCAGAGACCGACCCCAUGAGGAGAGACAAGCUCGCUUCCAGAACGCCUGCAGGGACGGACGGUCCGAAAUAGCCUUCGUAGCCACAGGUACCAACCUCUCUCUCCAGUUCUUCCCAGCCAACCUGCACGGAGAUCAGCGGCAGGUUCCCUCAAGGGAAUACGUUGACUUUGAAAGAGAGACGGGAAAGGUCCAUUUAAAAGCCCCCAUGAUCUUGAAUGGCGUGUGUGUGAUGUGGAGAGGCUGGAUCGACCUACAGAGGCUGGACGGGAUGGGAUUCCUGGAGUAUGACGACGAGAGGGCACAGCAUGAAGACGCCCUGGCCCAGGCGGCGUUUGAAGAGGCUCGACGCAGAACCAGAGACUUUGAAGACAGAGACCGAUCACACAGAGAGGAUCUAGAGGACCCUGUGGUUUCUAAAAUCUGGGACUGAUGACACACAGACAGACAGACAGCCAGCAGAAAAGAACAGGUCCAGACGACAGCAGGACCCCAGCCCUGGCUCAAACAUGGCCAACGCUGACGUGCAGCACAAGAUGCGCUGAGGAGGAGGAGGAGGAGGACGACGACGAGGAAGCGGCGGCAGGAGGAAGAGGAGGAGAACCAGGGCUUUCGCUUUCAACGCAAUCAAUUGAAAAGAAAAGAAAAAGAAAAGUCACCGUAAUCGCAGUUGUAGACCAAAGGUUUGAUAUGAUCGUUUUCACAUGCCAAAUUUUUAUUUUUUGAAUGAAGAGGAAAAUAAACUACCUGAAUUGGUUGAAUUGAAAGUGAAUAAAAGCCAUAAGAAAGAGGGAUUUCAAGGGGGUGAGGCCACAACAGACAUGGACAAAAAGUAGUCAAAGGUAUUUUAAUACAGAAGAAGGAACGUGAGCAGUUUAUUUAGCAUCGUAUUGUAAAUGUGACACAUCCAGGGAUGAAGUUGUUUCUUGAGUCAGAUGAGAGGUUCAGAUAUUUUUUGUCCAGGUCUAAAAAGAUUUGAUAGGCUGGGGGGGGGGGGGGGGGGUUCAAGCACCAAAGGUAUAUUUUCUAUUAAUACAAGAUGUUGAAAAUAGAGGGAGAUGGAUUUCAGGGGGGGGGGGGGGGGAGUAACGGGAGGAGGUAGAAGAGAGACAGAGGCUUUAUUUGUCUCAGGGUCAUGACCGGGGCUCGGUGGUCACGAUUUACAAGUAGAGCAUGAACCAAAAGUGGGGUGUUGACAAAAAAAACAGGAAAAAAACAUUGUUGUGCAACACGGCACAUUUGUGAACAUGCCCCUGGGUAAGCCCCCCACUACGCCCAGCCCACAUCCUGAAACCUGCUGUUUUCUGAGACCAAAGUUCACUUUGCUGGAAAGGGAAGGGAGGGAGGGAGGGGAGCGGGGGACUUCAGUUGCGUUUUAAAAAAGACGGCAGGCGGGAGGAGAGCAUCCAGAGAGAAGUUUUGUGGGGUUACGAAGUGUUCGCCGUGCUAUGAAUUGAAUUAAUUUCCCCAUAACGACAGAACCGCGGGUCACGCAACAAACAAGCAACUGCUGCGAACCUUUUUUUUGUUUGUUUUUAGGGGAGGGGAGGGAGAGAGGGGUUCAAUUCAAAUGUCCUUUGUCUUCCAAGGGGUUUUUGCACUAUGUGAUACAGUCAGUCUUGUUCUCCACGCGGAAUCUUUAUUGACAUGCAUGAACGCAGACGCGGGCCUACGUGUGUUCCUUGUCGUUUCCCUGUGUGCAGCCUAUUUAUCGUCAGAGCACCCGUCUCCGCGGCGCUUCCAUCAGGAAUCCGUGGGUGAUUCGAGGCUCUUUGCCGCGAGGUGUGUCCUCGCAAACAGCAGCGUGCUCCAAAGAAAGAAAGAGAGAAAGAAGAAGCACAUAGUGUCUGUUCCCCAGUGGCACAUUGUCCCUCGUGUCAAUCUGUGCUCACAUCCGCCCCCUCAGGUUCAUCAUCGCAUUACUGUACUUUGACUCCAAACUAAAGGAUUACAUGCUCCUUCAUAGGCUGGCGAAAAUGUUUGACUUCCAAGGCCAAAUAAACUAUAAAAAAAAAAAAAACGUUCAAUAAGAUGAAGACUUUGUUGACAGUUGGAGGUUUGUGGUUUUUACCAGACGGCAGUGAAAAAGUAACGUACGAUCAAAUCAGCCGAGACAGAAGCUCACGAGCUCUUCAAAAACCCAACCAUACAUCAGUCAACAUUAAUAAUGUUAAGACUGCCUCGUCUCAGGCUAUAGAUCCGUCAAUCACCCACAGAUUCCUCAUCAUCGAAGGACGGGAGAAGCCCGAAUGCAGUCGAGAUAACUAUUCCCUGACCCUGUUACAGCACUAGUGUAAUGAAAAUGUUUUGUUAUCUUAUCGGUUUUGUUUGUGUGAAAGUCAUGAUGUUUACUUUUUUUAUAUAUAUAUAUAUAUUACUUCUCUUUCUGUACAUGUAUUCACCCUUGUCCCACCUUUCAGCUUUGCUAUGAACUCGUAGUAUCAGCAGUAGGCUCUUUUGUUGUUAAGUUGACAAUUACAAAAUGUCUCCUGACAUUUGGGGAGUUUUUGAGGACUUUUGUCGCUUGUUGUCUUUCAUGUGUUUCUUUUUAUUAAUUUUUUGUCUUUUUAUUGUUUUUGUUUUGAUUUUUUUUAUUUUCUCUCUCAAAGAAAUCCUCUUCCUGGGUUAAAUACAUUGAAUGUGGAUUGACUCAAGCCCUGUUAUUAGGAUUUUGUUUUUUUUAUAUUGUGCAACGAGAAGCUCAUUUCAUUUUCCAGUGUGUUUUACAUUUACAGCACUCAACGGUUUUAUUAUGAUUAUUAUAACCAAGAAAAAGCUUUUUGUUCCUGCUUGUCUUUCUUUACAUCGUUUCAAUCGUUGUCGAAGAUUAAUGAGUAAAGGAAGUUUGCGAUAAACAGCCAUUUGAAUUCAAAUUAAAAAGUGAAAAACAACAUGAUAAACUAAUGAUGGGACCGCAGCUUGUCACGCGUCAGAGAAGCAGCAGAAAGGAAAAUGACUGAAGGGAACUUCUUGUCCAGAUUUCUACAGCCCCAAACUAACAUGGUCUCCUCUGGUUUCUCCUGCAUCUCAAAAGAUAAUGCAGGGUUGUCAUCCUCAUGUCUGGAUACUACACAGGAGGAUGUAACUGAGGUCACCUAAGGUCAGAAAAUCUAAUCUCUAAUUGGCAGUUUACGUCGUUACCGCGGAGAUUUGGGCGACUGGAGAGAAAAAGAACCCUGAAAUGUUGUAAUUCCAAAUGCUUCGUUAGUUGAGGAUGUGGAAAAAGUACUUCCUGUCUAUGGAAACUUAGACACCUUCAGUGCGAUAAGUUGUAGGAUUUGUGCGGUCGGGGCUCAGGUUGGUAUUGUCAAGUUGAAAAAAGUUCAGCAGAUGAGAAGUGAAGUGACUGGAAAUAAAGACUGGAAAUAAGGUGAAUAUUUGGUUUGACGGAGGCAUGAGAACAUUUGGGGGCUCGUGAAAGCUGUCGAAGAUUAACAGUAUCGGCUGUUAUGUUUACAUGAGGUGUACAAAAUGUUUAAGAACCUACAAGCUGUGCAGAUCAGAGAACUGGGGAUAUGGGAUUUAGGAAGAGUAGACAGUGGUACAAUCUACUUUUUUUUUGCUGCAAGGGUGGAGACUCAGAUCAGCGGACAUGAACCAGUACAGUGCAAUGAGGCAAUAGGUACAGUAGGUGUCAGAAGUAGCACGGUUUGGUUGGCUUUUGCAAGUCAUGAGUUAGUUGUCUUGUGUCUGUAACACAGCUAGACAAUGGGAUGAGCUGUUCGCGUGCCACACGGUUUACUGCAACUGUUAUCGCACUGCGAUCUUGGGAAUAACAUCCCCAAACGCUGGUGGUCUCUUGAAAUCUGAGGUGGCAAAAAAAAAAACCCUCCAGCAUCAGUUUCAGCAUAAAGAACAUCUUAAUCCAGCUAAAGGCCUCAAGCCGAAACAUGUUGGUCUGACAAUAGAGAUGUUCUUCUACCAGUGUAGUGCAAAUGUUGCUGGAGUUUUCUUUUUUUUCCUCUCACUUUUUCUCUUCUUCAUGCAUCUCUGGAUCAGGUGAAGUUGUGCCAGAAUUUCCUCCUCUGCUUCCACAACUCUCACAAACACUUGAUCAAACCUGAAAAUGUUUCUUUAUGGAUUUAAACAGGCUAAGAAACAUUUAUCAGGAAUCAAUUGUAAACAACGAAUUGUUGAAUUUCUAGAUUGUCACCAGGAAGUGACCACAGUAUCCACAAUGCCCCCACUACAUCAGCCAAGUGUAUUUUUUAUUAUGAUCAUCAUUAUUAUUAAUGAAUUAUUUAAAUCCUCCUCCAUCACCUUAGUUGAUACUUCAUCCCUGAAUUUUCUUAAUGCAGGCAUUAAGGCAAAACAUAAACCACCAUCACUUUUCUUUAUUUUCUUUUUUUUCUUUUUCUUUUCCUUUUUUUUUACUAAAAUGUUUGUUUUCUAAUUUGUGUAAGUUAUUAUGCGUUGGCUUCAUUUAGAGAUACAAAGAAGAACGCUGUGAUAUCUAGCGGCUUGUACACACUCUUUACGUUUCUCUUUUCUGUGUGUGCGGUCUGUCUUUUCCUCAGUUGAGCUUGUCCUCUCAGAGGAAUUUGAAAUAUGAGAUACUCAGUUCAAAAUGUUAGAUGUUUUUCAUAAUAAACUUGUAUGAAUUCA